AUCACAAUUUUCCUUCAAAUUCUUCAUUUUCGAACCACGUUUCUGCCAUUUUGGCGUCGAUUCCUGUAUUUUCGAUUAAAUAUCGGAAAAAUUUUUUUUGUCUUUUUUGUAUUUUUGUGUUACAAAUUCGUGGCAGAAGCUUCUUUUUCUUAAUUGACGUUAAGAAAUCCCCAUUUUAUCGUGAAAAAUGCCAAAUAAAUCAACAAAACGUGAUCCCACUUGGACUCCAUCGUGCUUGAAAGAUGCAGAUUCCACUUUUGACGAUUCAUUUUGCUCAGACGAUUACUUUUCGGAGAUCGAUGUUAGCGAAUAUGAGUCUGAAUCGGCGGAAUCGAAUUUGGAGCAUGAAUUUCCGGAGUACGAGUUGGUUUUGGAUCAUCAGAACUCAAUUUUCACCACAAAUGCGUUCGAGGAUGCUUUUGGUAUCUUUGGAAAACAUCUUGCUUACUUCAAAACGGUUUUAGAAAAACCUGCAGAAGAAAAAAUUGAACAAAAAGACGAUGAAAUGCCAAUUUUGAACCAACCUUAUCACUUUUACGUGAAUGUCGUUAUCGAAGAAAGUCCUAAAAAGUCUUGUUUGGUGCUGGAAGAGAUCGAACCUGAGUACGGUCCAUCAGAAACAGGCGAAAUUGUGACUCCCACAGAUGACGACGUGCCUCCGUUGGCAGCUUCAACCCCAAUUGUUGGCUCAAAUCGUGUUUUAUCGACGGAGCAAAGUACAAUGAUGGCAUCAACUCCCACAAAAAAUGGAUUUUUAUCGAAUAUGGGAUUGAUGUUUAACCCAGCAACUGCUCCUCCUGCCCUCAUAAGUCCUUUUAAAUCGCCACUGCCCAAAAAACCGCUGUCUGCAACUUCAACUCCGACACAAAGUUCGAAGAAAAAGAAUUUUUCAAAGCAUAACAAGUCAAUUUUGGACUAUUUCAAGUCCGUAAAUGAGAAUGACGACGAUAAAAAUGCAGAAAAUCACAACAGCAGCAAUGAAGAAGUCGGUGUCGUUUCAACUCUCAAGCGGAAGAGGACCAACGAAAUGGACGAAGAAGGGCAAAAAGAGCAAGAAAAUAUCAAUCCGGCGAAGAAAGUUCUGAUGAUCAAUUGAAAUUUAUCAUUUUUCGCAUUUUAAGCAAGCAGUGCUUUGGACAAUGUCGCGUACUAAAUUUAAUUUUGUGUGAUUUUGACAUAAAAUUUUGAAAAAUUUCAAAGCAAAGUCUUUGAAAGCUUAUUUUUUGAUUAAAAUAAUUAAAUUUUAA